AUUCAUAUAUCAGUAUAUACACUUCAAUUCUAUAAGGAAAAUGACUAAGCACCGUAAAUUAAAACAUGCCUAUAAAGCAAUACUCGAAAGCAACAAAAUACGAACCUCACAACAACAAGACCCAAAAGGAAUAGCAACUAAAGGAAAAAUUUCACAGGCAAGCCUUGAAUUUACGGACACAGGAUUAACUCUGGGAUUUCCAUCUAUGUUCUUAUCAAUUUUCGGUUCAAAAUCUGUGCAAUCAUUAUACACUUUUAAUCUGAAUCCUACAACUGCAGAAGUUGCUCGUCGGAAAUUUCAACAUCUUUCUGCUAUAUUUUUUACAAGAUGCUCAUACCAGGCCCAAGGUGGUGCCAUUACUCCCAUUCUUUCCACAAAGAAGGUGAAUAAUCUUUAUGAUGCUGGAACUCUACCAUGUUACGGCCCAAAAGGACUUGAUAAAUCUAUACGAAAGUUAUACUCAUAUCUUCUUUCUCCUUUAAUAAGAGAACGUUUUUUUGCAAGGGUACCGAUUUAUGAAAAAGAAUCAGAAUUUACUGAUGAUAAUAUUCAUGUUAAAAAAAUAUUCCUGAAUCCUGAAUUUGCUGGUGAAGAUACAGAUGUUCAUUUUCGCCAUCCUACUUCAUGUUAUAUUUGUCAAAUCAAGAAUUUUCCUAUGGUCGUCAACGUUGAGGAAUACAACAGGGUACGGCAAUCUGUAACAGAUAUAGACAAUUUAGUAAAUGUUGAACUAGAGAAAGUAUCUAAGCCAAUGAAACCUUACACACCCAUAAUUAUCUUGAUUGACUGUCCAACCCCAGAACAUUUUAAAAGUUUAUCUGAAAAUCUUGAAUUGGAAAAUUAUUUCGCAACGACUGGAAGCAUGACUCCAUCGUUAGUCGCACAUAUAACUCCUGAAAAUAUUCUCACAUCUCAAGAAUAUCAAAACUGGAUCAAAAAGUUUGGUCAAUCUUGUAAUCAUAUAAUUCUUAGUGAAAAAAACAAGCCUUAUUAUGACGGUACUAAGUGUGAGCAGAUUUUAACUUUCAAUAAAAUUUCAAGUCAGAUGUUUCCUUCUGUACAACAGAAGUACUUUGCCCGCCAGAAGCAAGAUAAUAUUGAAAUGCUGGAGGCAAGAUAUGGAUUAAGAUUUACUAUGCAAUAUGGAAAUGGGAACUUUAAAUUUGAUGAUGUUAUUUGUGAAGAAAAAUUCAAGGAAAUUUCUACUGAAGUUGAGGAGGUAUUCAAGCCUGAGAAUGAUGUCAUCCGAAAAGUUCAGCAGGAAAUUGGCAUUUUGAGGGAUAUUGGUGACGAACACUACUUUCCUCGUAUUGUGGUGUUAGGUUCUGGGUCAAUGAAAGAUCAUGAGAAACGUUGUCAACCGGCAUUUUUAUUUAUGAUCAAUAAGGAUUGUUCCAUCAUCCUCGACUCUGGUGUGCACACACUUAUGCAACUUUAUGUCAAUUUUGGUGACAAAACGGAAGAUGUUUUAUCAACUAUCAAGCUCAUAUUUAUUUCCCACAAGCAUUUGGAUCAUGUUUCAGGAUUUUUCACCUUGUUGGAUAAAAUAGUGAGAGUCAGGCAAAAACGGAACAUAUCAGAAAAAGUGAUUUGUCUAACCCCGCUUCAUUUGGGAUUAUUUUUCGAGGAAUAUUCAAGAGAAUAUGAACCAAAUAUCUAUGAAAAUACAGAAUUUUUUGCUGUAGAAGAUGUCUGGAACAAAUCCAAAUUGGAUUUGAAUUUUUUAAUAAAUGUACAAAAAACUGUUGGUGUGAAACACCUAAUGCCAAUACCAGUUAAUCAUAGUAUUCAAACCUAUGGUAUUAGUAUUGUUACUCAAUGUGGAAAGAAGAUUUUGUAUACAUCUGACACUUUGCCAAUGGCAAGGCAUGUUAUUCAACAAGGAAAGAACGUAGACCUUUUAAUCCAUGACUGCUUAUAUGUACACGAUGAUUGGGAAAUGGAUGCAAGAAUUCGCAAACACAGUUAUUUGAGUGGAGUAAUAGAUACUGCUGAAGCUACUAAUGCCAAAUUCACUUUAUUGACCCACUUUAGUCCUAUUUUGCCAAUGCUUCCUGUCUUGAAUCUUCCUUCUGAAUACAAAGACAAGAUGGCGUGCGCUUUUGAUAAUCUUUCAAUCAGCUUACAUGAUCUUCCCAAGCUUACAAAACUUGAACCAGCAUUGCGUGCUGUAUACAGGGAAUCUCUAGAAAAAUUUGAAGAACGACUGGUCAUGCAACGAUUUAAGCGCAACAGAUUUAAAGAAGAAGUCCAAAACCUGGUUGAUAUUAUUUAAAUAUCCAAUUGAUCACUUUGAUCAGACCAAAAUGAGCUGUGAAUACAGACUGUUUUUAUAUUUCAACAUUGUUCCUACAAUGUCCCUGUGAUCAUUGUGCUGCACGAUGCUUCAUUAGUUUCGAGCAUGUUAUACUGUACUGCCUGCCAAUACAACUUUAUUAAAAUAAAAAUGUUUCAGGAAGCUGUUGAUCUCAGCCAGAUUAUUCUUGUUGAUGGAAAAUUCAUCAGUUUUGUGGUAAUUUGCGUUUGAAUGCAAUUUUAAGUAAUUUGCGGAACACUAUAUUUCAUUUAAUAAAGCGCUAUUUUCCAACUCA